UAUUAUGAAAGGCGUCAUUUGGACCAAUCAGCGUCCGCGUUGUUCGUGUGUCUAGAAAGCUUCCAAGAUGGUGCUCGAAAGCACUAUGGUCUGUGUAGACAACAGCGAGUACAUGAGGAACGGUGACUUCCUGCCCACCCGACUACAGGCACAGCAGGACGCGGUCAAUAUCGUUUGUCACUCAAAGACGCGCAGCAAUCCGGAAAACAAUGUCGGGCUCAUCACUAUGGCCAAUAACUGUGAGGUCCUGACCACUCUCACACCAGACACCGGGCGCAUCCUCUCCAAACUGCACGCUGUUCAACCCCGGGGCAAGAUCAGCUUCUGUACUGGCAUCAGAGUAGCCCAUUUGGCACUGAAGCACAGACAGGGGAAGAACCACAAGAUGAGGAUCAUCGCUUUUGUUGGCAGUCCAGUGGAGGACAGUGAGAAAGACCUGUUGAAACUGGCAAAGCGUCUGAAGAAAGAGAAGGUCAAUGUGGAUGUGAUUAAUUUUGGAGAGGAGGAGGUGAACACUGAGAAGUUGACUGCGUUUGUAAACACUCUAAAUGGAAAGGAAGGAACGGGCUCUCACCUGGUCACAGUGCCUCCUGGUCCUAGCUUGGCAGAUGCGCUGCUGUCCUCUCCUAUCCUGGCAGGCGAAGGUGGCACCAUGAUGGGUCUGGGAGCUAGUGACUUUGAGUUUGGGGUGGAUCCCAGCGCUGACCCUGAGCUCGCCCUGGCUCUGCGUGUGUCCAUGGAGGAACAGAGGCAGCGUCAGGAGGAGGAGGCUCGGAGAGCGGCUGCCCAGUCAGCUGCUGAAGCAGGAAUCACCACUCCUACUGCUGAUGAAUCGGAGGAAGCUCUGCUGAAGAUGUCCGUGUCUCAGCCUGAGACCGGUGUGACAUCACUGCCAGACUUCAGCAGCAUGACUGAGGAGGAGCAGAUUGCUUAUGCUAUGCAGAUGUCCCUGGCUGGAGGAGAAUUUGGCGAGUCGAUGGACACGGGAGCUCCGAUGGACACGGCCGAAUCGGCAAAGGAGGAGGACGACUACGAUGUAAUGCAGGACCCAGAAUUCCUCCAAAGUGUACUAGAGAAUUUGCCAGGUGUGGACCCCAACAACGAGGCCAUCCGCAACGCCAUGGGCUCCUUAGCUUCUCAGAGCGGAACCAAGCCAGACGGCAAAAAGGAUGAGGAGAAGAAGAAAUGAUCCCUGUAGACAGUAUCAUAACCAGAUAGACAUGUCCUUUGAUGAAAAAAAAUAAAAUAAAAUGGAAAAAAAAAUCCUCACAACCAAAACGGGCAGUGAGACAGAUGCAUAUAUAUCCACAAGGUCCUGUAGUCACAUGUGUAUGAAUGAAUGAAUGAUGGGUGACGCAUUCUGAAGCAUUGGAUCUGUACUAAUUUGCCCAAGAUAUUCAUUGGCAAAGCCAGUACCUCAAUUUCACACAGCUUGCAUAUAAUCUGUUUCUCUUGUGGUUGCUUGCUAUCCAUGUUCAUAGCAAUUUCUUUUCUGUUUCCAUUAAAACAAGUUUGUUUAAGAAUA